AUGUGCCAAUUUUUAGAAAAUGAUAUUGAAGGAAUUGAAGGCGAUGAAUGGCUGAAAGUAAGUCAACUGGAUAAAAAAAUUUUCCAAUUUUUUUCAGAACGAAAACUUGGAAGAGAAAUUCAAACUACGUGGAUUAUUUGUCUCUUUCCGACACGGCGAAAGAUCUUCGUUCAGUAAAAUCAAUGAUGAAAUUGGUUGUCGCGCGCAUCGAGAAAUCGAUCGGAAAAACUUUGAGAAGUAUAAAGAAUUGGUGAAUUCUGAAGAUUUUCAGACAUUUUUGAAAGUUGUUCCAGCACUUUCAACAUGGCCUAAGUUUCCGGAGGAGUGAGUUUUUUUUUUUUGAAAUUUUGUGAUGAUCAACAAAAAUUUUUUUUAGUGAAAAGUGUUCUAGUGGACAACUGACUGCAGAAGGCGCAUUACAACAUGUAAAACUUGGCAAAUUUUUCAGAAAACAGUACGCAAAAUCAAGUUUAUUCACAGAAGGUACUUUUUCCCCCAAAUCUUGAGAAAAAUUGCAUUUUUUUUAGAUAUGGAAAAUAUGAAAACUCGAAUUGUGACAUCAAAAUACAAUCGAACUUUUCAAUCAGUUCUCGCAUUUUCAUCUGAAUUCUUUUUCAAACAACGAAAUCAUUUUCUACCAAUCACAAUCAAAGCCUCAAAUCAUUCUUUUCAAUGUGUCGAUCAAUUUUGUAAUUGUAAACUUGCCAAGAAAAUGAGAAUCAAGUAUUAUGAACAGGUAAUUUUUCCGGAUUCAUUAAAAUUUUUAUAAUUUUUAUUCAUUUGAUUUUCAGCAACAUUUGGAAUAUUUCGAAAAUUUAUUGAAAAACGAUAGAAUAUUGCGAGAAGAAACAGAAUUUGUCCAAAGUUUCGAUGAUUUUUCAAGUUCUUCCGAUCCUUUUAAAAUAAUUGAUGUUGCACUUGGAAAAUAUAUUUGUAGAAGGAAACCACUUCCAUGUAAAAAUGAAAAAUGUUUGACGAACGAUUAUUUGAACAAGGUUUGCAAUUUAAUUGAAACGUAAAAAUUUCCAGUAAAAAAAGUUUUAAGUUAAUUGAUAUCACAACACUUCGCGGGCAAAAAAUGUACAAUUCUUCGGGAAUUUCAAAACGAUUACAUUUGCUGGAAGCUUGGCCAGUGUUGUCCUAUUUGAAGAUGGCGUUGGAGAAAAUGCGGGUGAAAUCGGAGAAAAAUUAUAUUCGCGUGUUUUCGGGGCAUGAUGUUUUGAUCGCACCGCUUCUUCGAGUUCUUGGGAUUCCGUUUGUUGAUCCGCCACAUUAUACAUCGAGAUUGGUUUUUGAAGUAAGAUUCGCAUGCAAGCAUAACUACUGUAGUUGGCAAAUGUUUGUUGUGUGUAAUUGUGCGUCGUGGUGUAUGUGUGUGUGUGGUUCCCCGCGCUUUUCAAAUUUAUUUUUUAUAGAUUUUUGGGCCUAGAUUUUGAUGCGUUAGCCUAACUUUUUUCAAUUUUUUCAUGAUUUACAUAUAUUUUUCAAAUUUCAUAGAAUUUUUUAUCGAUUUUUUCAAUCUUUCCGCAAUCCCUCCCAAAAAAAACUCACCAAUCGCUUCUAUCUCUCAAAUCUCACAAAAAUCAUCGAAAUCCAAAAUCCUCCAAGUUUUCCACGUUAUUGACAGUGAAAUCCAAUUGCCCAUCAAUAUUUCGAGCUGAAAAAUCAAACAUUUCAAUCGAAACAGUUUUUCUCUAGAAAAAACCCACCGUUCUUCGAUAAUUCUCGGUUUUUCCGUUGGUUUUUCAAUUCCAGCCCUAUAGAACAUCUAAAAAAUGCAAUUUUUGACUUAAAUCAACCGAUGUUCCCCGGAAACCUGAAAACCCAGCGAAAAAAAAAACGAAAAAUGAAAAUAUUCACGUGUUGCGCUAAAGAGCGGGCAAGCGGAGUGUCGUUGUAAAUUCAAUUAAUUUUCUAAUUUUGUGCCAAUAUUUGGAGAGAAUCUCAGGGUUCCCAAUUGUUAUACUUUUUAUGUUAUCCUUUCUCUUGAUUUUUUUUUUUGAAAAAAAAAACGAAGCGGUGUUUGCACACAUCGAAACACUUGAUGUGACGCCAAAUUUUCAGUGUUUCGCUUUUUAUGAGGAAGAGAUUUCUGCGAGUUUUUCAAGAAGAACUGUUAAAUACACCUUCAAAACUCAUUUCCAAAGCUAACCAAAAAUAUUUUCAGAUCUACGAACAUUCCGAAGAAGGUCUCUUCAUCCGAGUUCUCUUCAAUGGUUUCAAUAGAUCAGCCGAUGUUUCAUUCUGCAAUGAAAAUAAUUUGAAAUUCGGAAUGUGCCGCGCAUCUGCCUUCGAAACUUUCAUGCAGGAAAAUUUAUAUUUUGGACAAAUCGGUGUCGAGAAUUUUUCACAGGCCUGUGAAAUUCCUGAAUAA